GCUGCACAUAUUUGCUGCUCUCAGGUUUCCAAAAUAUUUCAGAUGUUUUCAAAGGCUGACGGCAAUUGCUGUCCAUUAAGAAAUGAUUUUUCUCCCUCGAAUAACCUGCUGUCUCCUACUUGUCAGUAUCGGCCUCUCGUAUUUAGACACCAGCACGCAGGGCUGGCAGCAGCUGAAGGGCCAGCGCCGGUCCUGGCAUCGCCAGCGCUGCCAUUUCUUCCUCUGCUUCUCACCAGAGCAAAAGCGGACGUGGGUUUUUGACGUGGGCUUUCUUCCUUUCAGUGCAGUUUUAAUUAGUGCAUCCCGCACUCGGGGUUUUUAUUAGCGCAAACAGCUUGGGAAAAGUGAGCGCGCCAGCUCCUCUGCACCAGGGAGCCGCUGUCCUGCUCAGAGCAGAGACUUCGCACCGCGCUCCUGAAAGCCCUCCUCAAAACGGGUUCAUUUCCAUGAAGAGAUGGGAUGAUUUCCACAAAUGGAAAUUGUUUUUACGUACAAAAAAAACCAUUUAGUCAGGAAAUUCCUGGCUGGGCUUACUGCGGGGCGAUGCAGGAGCCGCACAAAGCGAGUGCGGGGUGCCAGGGCCCUCCGCGGGGAGAGCUCAGAUUCCUGCGGUGCUGGCAGGAUGUGCACACAUCUGCAGGCACACACACAUUUGUGCACACGCAUGCAAAUGCAUACAUGUGGAUGUGUGCGCAGACACUUGCACACGCAUGGACGCGUGCCCAUGGGCACACCUGCACCACUGCCGUGCCCACACACCAUACCCACGUCCCACAGCCCCAGGAGCCUGGGGAGCCCUGGCACAGCCUGGGCACAUCCUGGGUUGGUGCAGGGGGAAAAGCAGAGGGCAGGAGCAGUCCUUGAAGGAAAAGCCCCGUAGCCCCAGCUGGGAUCUCAUAGGGGCCCAAUGGGCACCGUGCAGUGGAGCUGAGCACGGGCUCAUCUCCAAACGCACGGGAAUCACCCACAGCCUGCGAGCUGCCCACGUCCCCUCUCGCCCACCCGUGUUCCUGUCCCAGCCCCGGGGCAGGCGGGCUGCGGGGGAACGCUGGCUGCAGCCGUCAUUGGAGCCGCAGGAAGCCAGCCUUCCUGCAUGUGCAGCCCAGAGGCUGCGUAACUCCACCUCGAGCGCUCGUCCUCGCGCGCAGGGAGCAGCCGGCACCGAGAUCAUGGGAGGGACGUCGCGGCACGGCCCCGAGGACUGCCGCUUUCUGGACGCAGAAGCAUCCAAGACCCGAACGAAGACCUGCACCAGGUACAAGGUCUGCGGGCUGCUCUUCAGCGUGCUGCUCAUUGCUCUCAUCCUCAUACUUUUUGGUGUCAAACACCUGUGGAACCCAGCGCCCAGACAAGUCUACGACAUGGAGCACACUUUCUUCAGCCAUGGUGAGAAGAAGAAAAUUGUGAUGGAGAUCGACCCGCUGACCAGGACAGAGACCUUCAGGAGUGGGAACGGCAGUGAGGAGAUCCUGGAGAUCCACGACUUCAAGAACGGAAUAACCGGCAUCUUCUUUGUGGGACUUCAAAAAUGCUUCAUCAAAACUCAGACCAAAGUCAUACCCGAGACUACCGAGGCCAAGAUCCCUGAGCUCGAGGGAGAAGAAAUCACCACCACCUACUUAGAGCAGUCCAUGGUCUGGGUGCCUGGGGAAAAACCCAUUCAGAACAAGGAGUUCCUGAAGAGCUCCAAAAUCUUUAACAUCUGUAGAAACGUGACCAUCUACUGGAUCCACCCAACGCCCAUAGCAGCUCCGGAACUGGCCGGUCUGGAAGGAACAGAAGAAGAAGACCCCGAGCUGCUGACGGAUGAACAGAGCUGGCCAGAUGGAGGCAAUGAGCACGGGAUGGAGAAAGCUGCGCUGCCAGGACCCAAGCGCCGGGCACGGCAGCUGACAGAAGAGGACCUGCCUGUCAACGACUAUACGGAGAACGGGCUGGAGUUCCACCCGCUGUGGGACGAGCGGGGCUACUGCUGCGCCCAGUGCCGCCGUGCCAACCGCUACUGCCGGCGGGUCUGCGAGCCACUGCUGGGCUACUACCCCUACCCCUACUGCUACCAGGGCGGCAGGGUGAUCUGCCGUGUCAUCAUGCCCUGCAACUGGUGGAUCGCACGCAUGCUGGGCCGGGUUUAGCCCCAUGCUCACCCACUGAGCCCCCAGGUAGAGGCCUGCAGGCUGUGGGACCCCGAGUGUGGCUCCACGGGCUGGGCCAGGCUGGUGUCAUCGCCCCACUGAGUGGCGAGAGGUAAGCAAUAAAUGUCCUAUAUGAGCGAUUGCAAAGAAAAUGGAAAGUCGUUUCAUCUCAGCCUGUGAUGCUUAAUGGGUCUGAGGAGUGAUCUAAUUGCUCGGCUGUCUCCUCCUGAGCAGCCAUAACUCAGGUGCAGGGAGUCGCCUUGCUGGGAACGUGCUGGGGUCCUCAGUGUGCUCCUGGCACAACCAGCACUUGUUAGCACACAUCACCCCUCAGCUUUGCUGCCCUUGGGGAUGUGCAGGAGUCACGGGUGACAGCUCCAAGUGCCACUAGCACCUUGCAGGGUGAUGGGGCUCCCUGCACACAGAGCCCACGCAGGAGUCAGCAGGGAAACAAGCAACCGAAGUUGAGGUGCAAAUGGCCCCGAGAGCCCUCAGCUGUUCCCCAGCCAAGAAACAGGCAAAGCCUGCAAUGCAGGAGACAAAAAAAUAGUCUUCAAACUGCUACCACACUGAGGAGGACACUCAGCCUUCACAGCCAAAAUCACAGAUUUUCUCUCUUUUGAUUUUACCCACAAAAACAGCUGUUCCAGCAAAGGAGGAUGCACAUCAGCAAGCAGCAGGUGCUGAGCACUCAUCACAGGCGCUGCUGCAGCCCCUCAGGCUCCACGUCCCCAUGUGCAGUGUGUCCUCAGCACCGUGUCCCUGCAGGCAUCCUGUCCCAAUCCCUGUGUUCAGCUCCCAGCAGGGCCUGGCCAGCAGCCCACCGCUUAGCCAGCCCCAGGCAAACACUCAGCUCAGGAGUGAACGUUUCCUUCCCUCCCUGCAUCAGCAAAGCGGCGAUUAGGCUUAGACAAAUAACAGGAAAACAUCCUCAGGUCCUUUGGCAGCUCAGCUCCCCAAAGCCCCUCUCCUUUUCAGCCAAAAUGUGCCUGAAGAUUUAAAUCACCCUCAAAGCACAGAGCUGAUCCAUGGGCUGGCCCCAUGCAUUCCCCACAGCAUUCCAGGGGCUCACGGCCCCCGCUGUUUGAGCCACAUCCUGAGCUUCAGCUCUCCUGGGAGCCGACAGCAGCCAAGCAGCUGACGCCCCACAGGCGUCACUGGCCAAAGCCCUCCCCAUGUCACCCAGGGAACAUGCACUGCUCAUCGGAAACGUGUCCCCAGUGCAGGGCAGGACACCGAGCUCCCUGCGGGAUUGCUGAUUGUAGAAGUGCGUGGCACAGAGACGUGCUGAGCUGCUCAGCCGUGCGUGCAGAGGGUGCGGCAGGGCUCCCUGCACUGCCAUCCUGGGGGACAGCAGGCAGCCCUGGGGACAGCCAGACAUUUCUGACGAGUCCCCCCCAAGCAGGGAUGUCUCUAUCAGAGGCAUUUCCACAGCCACCUGCGCUAGCAGAGUGGUGCCUUGCAUGCAUGCCCAGGCAGGUAAAGAGCCAGCAGGGUAAAGGCAGCUCUGCCCAGCCUAGCACCAAAGCCAGCCAAAAGGGGAUCAAUCCAUGUUUGCCUGCCUUUGCAUGGCUUUACCAAGAAGGCGUAUGCAAACACAGCCCUGCUUCUCAUGUGCUGUUGCUCCGUCUCCAUCCAUCAGUUGCAUUCUCUCCGCAGCUGCUCCCAUGCUCUGACGCACUCUGCCUCGCCUUCAAACCCGUGAGGCUCUCAACAGCCAGCCAGGGGCUGACACCAGCUUGAUUUAUUCAUCGAGGUCAAAUGAGACACAAGCACUUCAGGCUGUUUCCCUCCAGCUUCCUCCGUCAGCGGUGAAGCCGCCCCACACCUGCCCCAUCCCUGGCCCACAGGGUGCUGGGGCAGCAUGAUGGCAAAGGGCUGCAUGAUGGCAAAGGGCUGCCACUCACACCCAUGGCUUCACUCCACCACCCCACAGCCCUCACAGGUUUGGUGACUGUAACCUGAAAGCGUUCCCACUUCCAAGGGCAGCUUUCCUGUACCACCUUAACCCACCACACUCAGAGCAGCAGUGCCUAGCACUGAGAGAGCACAAGGAAGAGCAGCCCUGAGCGCACACAAAGCUGCAGCACACUGCGCUCUGAGCACAGGACAGCGCAGGAUGGACACACUUUGCAUCAGGGCUGAACUCCGGCCUCUGCAUUCCUCCAGCAGCUCCUGGGCUGAGAUGCUUCAGGCCUUUUGUUUCAGCACAGUUGCACAACGGUUUUUAUGAAGAAUAUUCAAUUACAAAAGUUAUUUGUAAGCACAAGGGCACCA